UGUCUCCCCGGAGGGUAAGCGUGGCAGGUGUAAAGUCCUUCCGCUGCGUCAAGCCGGUUCGACCCGGAAACAAAAACAGUAUUCACCUUCUGGUGGGGCGGGGGAAUUGAAGUGUGGGAAGACCGGACAGCUUCACAGGUUGCUAAGCGACGAGGCUGGAGCUGUGCACAAACCCCGGCCAUUCGGAGGCACCUGAGGGAGCUGCUGAGGCGGCGCGGCCCUAAGACCGGGGAGACAGAGCGCUCCGCGCCUUCCCGAGUCCUCCUUCCCAGGCUCUGCGGACGCUCUUCCCGGGACAGUGUCCGCUGACGAAGCUAGUGGUGUGCGGGGGCGCCCUCUCCGAGGCGGCCGGGGGCGGUGCGUCUUCCUCACUCCGGAGACAGUUCUUCUGAUUGAAGAUAACAAACACUGAAGAAAACUUACCUGUUUUCUCUGGUGAGCUGAACUCAAGUCCACUGCAGUAAGAACAACUUUCACUUAUUAUAAGAAGGGGGUUCUUCCCCUCCUGGAUAAAAAUUUUAUUUAACAACUCGAUGAAAAAUUCAAGGACAUUGGGCUUAAUUCACGACAAGCCUAGAUCUGGGAGAUGCCAAUUAAGUGGAGAGAAUAUGGCUGAAAUCGAGAGGCCAUUUGGCACAGAGUCCCGAAAACAUGUACCAUGCAUCUGUUGAAUCGAAUAUUCCAAAAACCACAGGGCACAGAAUUAUAAUGGUGAAACUCCAAGCACGCCUAAAACGUGUUCAAAUGCUACAAGAAGAUUACCAAGCUAAGUUAGACUUCUGUCAACUAAUGAAGUAAAAAGUUGAAAAUUGCAGUAGUGUUUUUGACAAGUUAACCUUUUCUGUUGAAGCAACUUUCCAUAGAAGUGGCAGUGUUGUCCAUCACAGUUGCCAUGCUUGGUACACAGAAAAGCCUAGGGAAGUUUGGCUACAGACUCUGAAAGUUAAUGUUUUGUGUACCAUUAGGAAGUUUUGCAUGAUUGGCCCUUCUUGAUUUCAAUUGAGAUGUCAGAGUUUCCUUCUACUGUCAGAUGUCUUUCUGCUUGACUGAACUACACCUGUGGUCUUUGAAGAAUACCUUACACAUUGGGGACAGAGACAUUGGGAUCUUCCAGUAUUAUGAUAAGAAAGACCCACAAGCAAUAGAUCAUGGUAACUUAGAAGAAAAGCAGAAGCUGGCAGAAUCUCGAGAUUAUCCUUGGAUGCUCAAAAACAGACGCCCAGAAAAACUUCGAGACUCACUCAAGGAGUUGGAGGAGCUGAUGCAAAACAGUCGGUGUGUGCUGAGCAAAUGGAAGAACAAAUAUGUCUGCCAGCUCCUCUUUGGUUCAGGUGUGCUGGUGUCCCUAAGCCUUUGUGGGCCGCAGCUGGAGAAAGUGGUGAUUGAUAGAAGCCUGGUGGGGAAGCUCAUCUCAGAUACCAUCAGUGAUGCUCUUCUCACAGACAGUUUUUUCGUCUUAUCAUUUUUGGCACAAAACAAACUAUGUUUUAUUCAGUUUACCAAGAAGAUGGGUUCUCCUGAUAUAAACAAAAGACUUGAAAAACUCUCAGCGUUGGAUUAUAAGAUUUCCUAUUAUGAAAUACCUGGCCCAGUAAACAGGACAACAGAGCGUCAUCUGGCUAUCAAUUGUGUUCAGGAUAUGGUUGUUUGCUGGUGGCCACUGGACAAUGAAGAAGCUUGGCCUUGGGCCCCUAUUUCCUCUGAGAAGAACAGAGCCAAUUUGUUGCUCCUUGGUUAUUCUCAAGGAAGACUGGAGGUUUUGAGUUCUAUCCGUACAGAAUGGGAUCCACUGGAUGUUUGCUUUGGCACAAAACAGCCUUAUCAAGUGUUCACAGUGGAGCGCUCCACCAGUGUAGACAGAGAGCACAUGGCUGACAGCUGCAUUUAUGAAUGUGUUCGGAACAAAAUCCAGUGUGUGUCAGUCACCAGAAUACCACUGAGAUCAAAGGCCAUCAGCUGCUGCAGGAAUGUUACUGAAGACAAACUGAUUCUGGGCUGUGAAGAUUCUUCGGUAAUUCUUUAUGAAACUCACCAUAGAGUGACUUUCUUAGCUCAGGCUGAACUUUUGCCUUCAUUAAUAAGCUGCCAUCCAAAUGGUGCCAUUCUGCUCGUUGGCAGCAACCAAGGGGAGCUGCAAAUUUUUGAUAUGGCUCUGUCCCCUAUUAACAUCCAACUCUUGGCUGAAGACCGCUCACCCAGAGAGUCUCUGCAGUUCAGUAAAUCCUUCAGUGUUUCCAGCAGUCUUGUUCAAAUGCAGUGGAUAGCUCCUCAGCUUGUUUCUCAGAAGCCUGAAAGUGGGGACAUUUAUGAUCUCCUGUUCCUUAGAUUUGACAGAGGACCUUUGGGUGUGCUUUUAUUUAAAUUAGGUAUCUUCACACGAGGACAGCUGGGCCUAGUAGACAUCAUCUUCCAGUACCUUCACUGUGAGGAGAUCUAUGAGGCUGUAAAUAUCCUAAGCAGCAUGAACUGGAACACUCUGGGCCACCAGUGCUUUAUCAGCAUGAGUGCCAUUGUAAACCAUCUUCUUAGACAAAAACUCACUGCAGAGAGAGAAGCACAGCUUGAGGCAAGCCUUGGAACCUUCUAUGCUCCAACAAGACCACUCCUGGAUACAACUAUAUUGGAAUAUAGAGACCAAAUCAGCAAAUAUGCAAGGAGAUUCUUCCACCACUUGCUCAGGUAUCAGAGAUUUGAAAAGGCCUUUCUUCUGGCUGUUGACAUUGGUGCUCGUGACCUGUUUAUGGACAUCUAUUACUUUGCACUAGAUAAGGGUGAAUUGGCACUAGCUGAAGUGGCAAGAAAAAGAGCUAGCGACAUUGAAGCAGAAUCAAUAACCUCUGGAGUUGAACUCCUGGGGCCUUUGGACAGAAGGGAUACACUAAACAAAGCUUUUAUUGGCCUAUCUUUAACACCCCAAGGGGAAGACACAUUUCCAGACAACCUUCCUCCCUCUGGUUCAAUCCACAGACCCGUUAUUCAACAAAGAGAACCGAAUGGCUCUUCUCAUAGGCAGAUGACUUACAGAAGGAGUGAACUUGAAAAAGACAUCUGCACUGAAUCUUUGAUGCCGAAGAACUAUAAUACAGAAGAAGAGGAACUAAAAGAAGACUGCAUAGAAAAGGAAAUUGGAGAUGGUGGUUCUCUCAGAAUGGUUCAUUUUGGCUUGGUGUAAUAAGAACAUUUUUUUUUUUUAAUUCAAAAAAGAAAUAUGGCUUUUUCACAUUUAAACUUUUUCAUGAUGUGAUACAGAUUAAAAUAUCCCUGUAAGGAUUGAAAAGAAGAAAGACUGUGAAUCAGUUAAGAUUUUUGUACU